ACGCGUACGACGACCUCCUGCUCUUAAUUUGUACCCAUCGAGGCUCUUUCUUCAUUUGCCGAUGAUUCAUUACGGUUCACUCUCCUCAUUUCCCUUAUUCAAACUGAGCAUCAGGAUCGCGAGGCUGCUGAAAUGUGAACCUCCCGACUUUAUUUGGUCAAGGCAGAGAGACGCAAGCAGGCUCCAGGGACCAGAAUGUGGAAUCGCGGCGUUGAAUUUGGAAGGAAGUCAAUAUGUCGGGCAGCUAUCUCCUCCAAGUCGAUUCCUUUGUUACUCUGAGUGAUUUAAUAUUACACAGCUGGUUUCAAGCACGUCUAAAGCUUCGUUCUUACCCGCAUUGUGAUGUGGCACAGGGUGCUGCGGAGUCACAGGGCUUUCCGUCCAUCCACGAGGGAUGCCGGGAAAUCCGCUUGGACACGCCGAUACUCACUAGUGAGUAAGUAGCGAGAGGCCCUCUCAUCCAUCAAUACCCCUGUCAAAACCUUCAGCGCUCAGAUAUCACGGCCGACUGAAUCGCAAACUAUAUAAAUCAGCGGUGCGGCAUUCCGAGCCCAGAGAUUAUAUCAAAAUGGAUUCAACCCUCGUUUUCAUCGUCCUGGCAAGCUCUACUCUGGCGUUCAUAUAUGUUGCCAACCGUCGGAACCAGGCCCUCUUUCCUCCUACUCCACCUGGACAAUGGUUUUUAGGGAAUGUGAAACAAAUACCGGCUCGCCAGCCUUGGUUCCAAUUUGCGGCCUGGCGGGAAUUGUACGGCGACAUCAUCCAUCUUAAGCUUAUCAACAAGCACAUGAUCAUACUCAACAGCAAAAAAGCUACGCUUGAUCUGCUCGACGGCCAAUCGAACAUCUACUCUCACAGGCCCAAAUCGGUCUUUUUGGAUGAGGUUCUGGAUUUCAGCAACGAUGUUUUCAGGGUUCGAGCCGAUGAUCCCCAUUUCAAAGCACACCGUCGGAUGAUGCAUUCCGGUCUUGGUCCUCGUGCGGUUCGCGAAUACCAACCUCUACAGAUCCAAGAGACAAAUACCAUGCUUAGGAGUCUUGCGGAGGAUCCUGAUAAAUUUAUAGCCCACAUACGAAGGAAUGCCGGUGCUCUGAUCAUGAAAGUGGCAUACGGCUAUACAGUUUCAAGUGUGGAUGACUACUACCUCAAACUCGUUGAAAGGCACUUCGAAAUCUUGGAAGAGACGAUGUCUCUACCGUUAAUGAUUGAAUUCUUCCCAACCCUGAAAUACCUGCCCUCAUGGUUCCCCUUUACUGGUUUCAGGAAAGCCGAGAAGAUGAUCAGAGAUAACAUGACCGACCGCAUUCCUUACGAUUGGGCAAAGAAACAAGUCGAAUCGGGUAAUUUCGUAGACUCCUUCUUCGCUCGAUUCUUCCAAAAGGAGGACGGUGCUACCACUUCUCAGGACGAAGAAAGGAUGCUGAUGAGAGUAUGCGCGGCAUUGUACAUUGGAGGCGCAGACACCACUGUUGCAGCCUUGACUUCCUUUUUCUACCUCAUGGAAACACAUCUUGAGAUUCAACAACGGGCACAAAGCGAAGUUGACGCAGCAACUGGAGGGGAUCGUUUGCCCCGGCCAGAUGACGAGGGCAAAAUGCCAUACUUGACAGCCGUCAUCAAAGAAACUUUGCGUUGGUCGCCUGUGGUACCUUUAGGUUUACCUCACAGCGUCGACCGAGAUGAUAUCUAUGAUGGAUAUCUAAUACCUGCAGGAAGCUCAGUCAUAGCUAAUAUUUGGGCGAUAACACACGAUCCAGAGACCUAUCCCAAUCCCGACGUCUUUGAGCCAGAUCGUCAUCUCGGCGAGAAUCCUCAACCAAAUCCUUUUGAUUUCGUGUUCGGAUUUGGUCGCCGUUCGUGUCCGGGGUCUCACUUGGCCGAGCGCUCUCUCUUCCAGAACGCAGCUAACAUCUUGGCCGUUUUCAAUAUCGACAAGAAAAGAGAUCCGCAAGGGAAUCCGAUCGAACCUACCGUCGAGUUCCGGGGUGGCGGAAUUUCCCACCUGAAGGAUUUCCCGAUAAAGAUCAUCGUUCGUUCUCCACACUUGCUCCCAACGACAUAGAGUACUUCACUCCAAUCGUCCUGGUGGUCAAUAUUCAAUGUUACGAGCUUCUUACACUUAAGGAACUCAUUCUGUGUUUCUCCCGCGUCGUGUUCAUCCUCAAGUUACAAAUCUGACCCAUGA